AUGGCCCUCCUGGUCGAAGUUCCAACAUUUCUUAGGCCUAACCUUCGAACUAACAGUGACAAGACUGGAGGUCCACCAGCUUUUGUUGAGGUCCCUAAGCUUGUAUCUCGAAAUCCUACAUUUCCUGAGAGUAGUGGCAUGCUAAUGGACACAUUGGUCCCUCUUAUUUAUAGAUUCGGGGAUGAGAGAACCAAGACAAGAGCAAUGCUUUGUGAGAUAUACAAUAGUGCUAUCUUUGAUGAGUUCUCAAUUGCUCGUGACCUUAUGUCGAUGAGUUUUUUGCAAGAAGGUAUUCAGCUCAUGGAUAUAUCUUCUCAGAUUCUACUCAACAGGGCAACAAUACAACUUGGUUUAUGUGCUUUUAGGGCGGGGCUUAUUUAUGAAGCACACGCGUGCUUGUCGGAAGUUUAUGGAGGGCAGGUUAAGGAGUUGCUCGGACAAGGUGUAUCUCAAAAUCGAUACAAAGAAAAAACUUCUGAACAGGAAAAACUAGAGAAGAAAAGACAAAUGCCUUACCAUGUGCAAAUAAACCUCGAGCUCCUGGAGGCCAUUCACCUCAUCUCUGCCAUGCUUCUUGAGGUCCCAAACAUGGCUUCCAACAAAAUUCAAGAUCACGAGAAAGCCAUGCUUGAGGUGAGCGAUCGUCAGACCUUUGUGGGCCCACCUGAGAACGUCCCAGAUCAUGUGAUGUACGCAACACGCGCUCUCUCCAAAGGUGACUACGAGAAAGCCUUUGCAGUCCUCCGCUCUCUCGAUACCUGGGAACUUGUUAAUAAGAGAGAUAAUCUGUUGUCGAUGCUUGAGUCUAAGAUCAAGGGGGAGGCCCUUCGGACUUACCUCUUCACCAACUCCUCUUGCUAUGAAUAUCUCAGUGUGGAUCAGCUGACCGCCAUGUUCAACCUUUUAGAAUAUCAAGUCCACAGUAUUGUAGGCAAGAUGAUCAUCGCCAAGGACUUGCAAGCAAUUUGGGAUCAGCCAACAAGGUGCAAUAUUGUAUUCAAUAGUUUUCAGCGUAGCAGGUUUCAAAAGCUCGUGCUUCAGAUGGCAGGCAAGCUUGACAUUUUCAGUGAAAGCAAUCAGAGGGCAGCGGAGGUGAGAAAUGGCGGGGCGCUUGAUGGUAUGCUCUCAAGGAAGAGAGGGGAGGGUCAGGAUAAGCGGCAGGGUAUCCUUAGGGCGUCUCCAAUGGAGCGCCAAAUCUCCAUUUUGGAGUGUUUUGGGAGCGCCAAACAUCCCGCUAAAAUAGCGGGAUGCUACAGUGUUACGCCAUAA